CCUAACUACAGAACUCAGGAACAGCAUACCUUUAUGUGACUGACACUUCUGUCUGACCCAGGAUAUUGCCCUGGGUGGCAUAAUCUCUCAUCCCUGUGCUUGUAUAAAGAACACAAAGACAUUUCAGAAUCCUGCCAACGCAGCUCAGAACAGAGUUGGGAAUUUCUUUUAGGCCACGAGUGACGGACCUGAAAAGAACUCCUUCCUAAGAUGGUGACUCAGCAAACAGGUCUAGAUACAAAUUCACUUAUGAAUAAUGAGACACAUAAAAGUUGUUUGCCUUCUCUCCAAGAGCAGCCCCAAUGUCUGCAGGGUCUUCUGGAGCCAAGCCCACUGAUGACAAUUAAAGUCCAGGAAUUCCACCCUGAAGCAGAUGUAAACACCUAUCCUCUCUUACGUCUAGGGAUCAUCAUUUUUAUUAUUUUCCUGUGCAAAAACGAAUAUUGUAAUAGUGGUGAACUUAGGAAAGAAAAUGAAAAAUUUCAAAUGGAAAUUGAUCAAAGAAGAACCCAAUUUAGGAAUGGCUGGCAGAAGGCAUCAUUGUACCCUGACUGGAGGAAAGAAUUUUUCCAGGCUGUGAAUGUUAUUCUGGAUCCAGCCACAGCCCAUGCUGCCCUCGUCUUGUCUGAAGGCAACAAAUGUGUAACCUGUGGAGAGGAAUCUCAAGAUCUACCUAAAGAUCCACAGAGACUGAAUUCCCUUCCCUGUGUUCUGGGUCACUCAGUAUUCACCUCAGGGAGGUGGUACUGGGAAGUAGAUGUCAGAGACAGUGGAGCCUGGGACCUGGGAAUAUGCAGGUCUAAUGUAAUGAGGCAGGGGAAGAUUUGUGUGAAACCCGAGAAUGGUUUCUGGGCCAUCAGGUCUUACAAGGAUGAGUACUGGGUACUCACUUCUCCAGAAAUGCAGCUUACUCUAAAAGAGCACCCUACCAGAGUGUGUAUUUUCUUAGACUAUGAAGGUGGAUGUAUCUCAUUCUACAAUAUGAUGGAUAAAUCCCACAUUUACACCUUCUCUCAAGGUCCUUUUAAUGUGUCUCUAAGGCCUUUUUUCAGGCUUUGGCUUGGUUAUUCAAAAAGUUUGACCAUCUGUCCAGUGCCCAAUGCAUGA